AUGAGAGGUCACUCCAAACACUGGAACAAGUCGCAGAAGCAAGAAGGGCCACAGGACCAAAAAAACAUCCGUGGUUCCAUGCCCCGACGCCGAGAUUCGGACAUGACCUCCGUCGCUGAACCGACAAAAUGCGGAUUGUGGACGCCUGAACGACACCAAGUCCCGAGCGAGCCCUUGUUCAUCUCCCUCCCCAACGGAAUGUCGGCAACAUUUGGGCACCUUUCACCUCUCAAUAUGUUGCCCAACAAGCAAGUGGCUUACGAGUCACGGCACAAAAACAAAAGAACUGACGUCAAGCCCCUAUCAACCAGUGCAUGUCAAGAGAAACAAGGACCUUCCCUGAACAAACACAGGGUGUCGGACGGCGGUGACACUCAUCUAAAUGUCGCGAGAAAAUACUUGGGCCGAGGAGAACUGCAACGUAUACUUGCUUUGGGCCGCAAUGACGGAACAGAACCGCUCAAAGAUCGGCAAGGCGCACUACACCGAGCUCCGCCUUCUUCACACAACGUCUAA